UGAAAAAGUGGGGUAGAAGACAAGAGAAACGGCUCUCACUCAAAAAAAAUAUAUAGAUUUUUUCUCUUCUCUCUUCCAUUGGGUAUUAGUCUUUACAACUGCCACCCAUUAACAGAGAGGCACCAGCUCUAUAUUUAUUUCUCCUCUCCUUUUCAUAAUUUAUUUAUUUAUUUAUUUAUUUUUUUGUGCUAAACGAAGUAGGACUACUAUUUAAGCACGAUUUUUCCGUUAAUUGUUUUUAGGAAGAGCUUUCUCUUUUGGGCCUUUUGGGUUUUCUUUUUAUAGGGGGAGACAGAUUAUAGCUAAGCUAACCGUUAGAGGAAAGAGGGAGCCGGAGAUCGAGGGAGUGUUUCUGGAAGCUGAUCUGGGUUUUUUAGCACUGAGCUAGAAGAUUUUUCGUUGUUGGGUUUUCUUUAUUUUGUUAUUUUUUUUAAAAAAAAUGUGGUGGAUGAUGAAUGAAGGAGGAGGGCAUUAUUGUUCUAAAAAAACCGAUGACAUCUGUGGAGAUGUUUGCGGACAGGAAUCAAGCCGACUGAGCAUGUCAAGAAUCCGCUGCAUACUGCGUGGCAUUGAUUUGAAAACUUAUAUUUUUCUAUUUGUACUAGUUCCAACAUGCAUAUUCGGUAUAUAUGUUCAUGGGCAGAAGAUUUCGUACUUCCUGCGGCCACUGUGGGAAUCGCCGCCCAAACCUUUCCAUGAUAUUCCACAUUAUUAUCAUGAGAAUGUAUCAAUGGAGACUCUCUGCAAACUUCAUGGUUGGAAAAUUCGUGAAUUUCCAAGACGGGUUUAUGAUGCAGUGUUGUUUAGUAACGAGGUGGAUAUUCUUACCGUACGGUGGCAAGAGUUGUACCCCUACAUUACACAAUUUGUUCUUCUUGAGUCUAAUUCAACAUUUACUGGAAUUCCAAAGCCUAUGGUUUUUGCUGGCCAUCGAGAUCAGUUCAAAUUUGUUGAGCCCCGAUUGACUUAUGGGACAAUUGGAGGAAGAUUUAAGAAAGGAGAAAACCCAUUUGUUGAGGAGGCGCUGCAGCGAGUAGCAUUAGACCAGCUUCUCAAAAUAGCAGGAAUUUCUGAUGAUGACUUGUUGAUAAUGUCAGAUGUUGAUGAGAUACCAAGCAGACAUACUAUCAACCUCUUGAGGUGGUGUGAUGACAUACCACAAGUUCUUCAUCUUCGGCUGAAGAAUUAUCUUUAUUCUUUUGAGUUUCUUGUGGAUAAUAACAGCUGGAGGGCAUCGGUCCAUAGGUAUCAGACAGGUAAAACAAGGUAUGCACAUUACCGCCAGACAGAUGAGAUUUUGGCAGAUGCAGGGUGGCACUGCAGUUUUUGCUUCCGCCGCAUCAGCGAGUUCAUAUUUAAGAUGAAAGCUUACAGCCAUAAUGAUAGAGUGAGGUUCUCUCAUUAUUUGAAUCCGAAAAGAGUUCAGAAAGUAAUUUGCAAGGGUGCUGAUUUAUUUGACAUGCUUCCAGAGGAGUACACAUUCAAGGAAAUAAUUGGAAAAAUGGGACCUAUUCCUCAUUCCUUCUCGGCUGUUCAUCUUCCAUCAUAUCUUCUAGAGAACGCAGAUAAAUAUAAAUUUCUUUUACCUGGAAAUUGUUUGAGAGAAAGUGAGUGAUUCUCCAAAUAACUUCAGAUGUUUGUAUCUGUAAAGACUAGUCAGGGGUGCUACUACUGUGACUCCCCACGAAGGGUUCAACUGAACAAUUAAUGACUGCGGUGUGUCACUGAGCAGUUUAUCCAGCUAAAAGUUUUUCCAAUUCCUUGGGAAAAUGAUUGAAGAAUUGGAUAAAUUCUGGGAAAUUCUAGGUCUGUAUAUAACUUUUUCAUGAUUUGAGUUUUACUUGGUGGAGGAUAUUUCAUUCACUGAGCGGGGAUCUUUCUGUAUCGGACACAUCUUAGCUGUUGCAGGGUGCAUGUGUAUUACUUAGACUCUCUAAUACAUUAGUUUGAGGUUCCUGUGAUUUCCCUAUGUUGGGAAGUUUUGUUUUGAGACAAUUUAUUCAUACAUGUUUUAUUGAAUUCCUUAAUUUGUUUCCAUUGAUUGGGUUUUUA